GAUGUUCGAGGCGCGGCUGGUGCAGGGCUCGGUGCUCAAACGGGUGCUGGAGGCCCUCAAGGACCUCAUCACCGAGGCCUGCUGGGACCUGGGCUCGGGCGGCAUCAGCCUGCAGAGCAUGGACUCCUCGCACGUCUCCCUGGUGCAGCUCACGCUGCGCUCCGAGGGCUUCGACACGUACCGAUGCGACCGCAACAUCGCCAUGGGCGUAAACCUGUCCAGCAUGUCCAAAAUCCUGAAGUGUGCAGGGAACGAGGACAUCAUAACCCUGCGGGCAGAGGACAACGCAGACACCUUGGCUCUGGUGUUCGAGGCACCAAAUCAGGAGAAGGUCUCUGAUUACGAGAUGAAGCUGAUGGAUCUGGAUGUGGAGCAGCUCGGGAUCCCAGAGCAGGAGUACAGCUGCGUGGUGAAGAUGCCGUCGGCGGAGUUCGCGCGGAUCUGCCGGGACCUGAGUCACAUCGGCGACGCCGUCGUCAUCUCCUGCGCCAAGGACGGCGUCAAGUUCUCGGCCAACGGGGAGCUGGGCAACGGCAACAUCAAACUGUCCCAGACCAGCAACGUGGACAAGGAGGAGGAGGCUGUUACAAUAGAGAUGAACGAGCCAGUCCAGCUGACCUUUGCCCUGAGGUACCUGAACUUCUUCACCAAAGCCACCCCCCUGUCCCCUACAGUCACACUCAGCAUGUCUGCAGACGUUCCUCUGGUGGUGGAGUACAAGAUCGCUGACAUGGGACACCUAAAGUACUACCUGGCUCCAAAGAUCGAGGACCAGCAGGAAGGCUCUUAACUGGGGCAGGACUGAGGGGGAUCUGCUCGUGGCUUGGAGAAGGGAAUGGUGGUGAUAGCAAUUCCAGUGCCUUGGAGCAUCCUGGGAGCACUGUUAGGCUUGGCUUGUAGAUAUCUUUGUAAAUAUUUUUCAACUUACUAUUUUGCUAUCCUUGGCAUCUUUGGAAAUAGGAAUUGUUUGGGUUUUUCUAGUCUGUUCCUGUACUCCCAAUAAUCUCUUGGAUGCUGUCUGAAGGUGAAAUUUCUGACUCCUCUCAACUUGUGUAGGAGAAGGGGACAGUAUUUAAUGAGUCAACUCCUGGAGUUUCACCUGUGGAGCUGUAGUUUAGGGUUGAUGUUUUUAUUAUGCCACAAGUUUGUGUGACUUUGACUUCAUUUAUUUUUGAAGCUGAUAUUCAAACUGAUACUUGGAAAUAAAAGAUAUAAUUUCA